AUGAACGGCAAUAAAGCGAGGGAGGGAAAAAAGAAUAUUGAUUGCAACUUUGAUCUGAAAAUGAGCACUAGGGUGGUAGCGGCGGAAUCUUGGUUGGAACUCUUAAGGAGAAAAGCAAAACCACGCAAUUCUGGAAGUAGAAAUUCUAAAUCCUCCGAUUCCGUUGAGGCUACAGGAAGAGCCGGUUACCGGUUCCCCUUAAAGCAGGCGGUAACCGCCGGCUCACUCGCUUUGACCGUGACACCAUCGCUCAGCUCAUUGACCGCUGAGAAAGACAAUGCUUUGAAACAACAUCCACUUCAUUCCGAUAAGAAUGAUUUGUGGGCCAUUCUUCUUGAUCAUGACUGGAUCCGUGCUCUGCGGAUGACUUCUUAUGGAUUCCUUUUAUAUGGCCCUGGUUCUUAUGCGUGGUACCAGUUACUUGAGCGUUGUAUGCCAAAGCAAACAGUGGAGAAUUUAUUGCUGAAGGUUUUAUUAAACCAAAUAGUGCUUGGCCCAUGUGUGAUUGCUGUUGUUUUCGCUUGGAACAAUUUAUGGCUACGAAAGGUUUCUGAGCUUCCAAACAAGUAUAAAAAAGAUGCUCUGCCCACACUACUUUAUGGAUUUAGGUUCUGGAUCCCUGUCAGUAUAUUAAAUUUUUGGGUGGUCCCACUUCAAGCUCGUGUAGCUUUCAUGUCAAUGGGCUCCAUAUUUUGGAAUUUCUAUUUAUCAUCCACUAUGAGCAAGUAGAUUCUUGUCUACUGGGCUUUUUAUCAAUGAUGUAAUAAUGAAUGGGGGGUGUUGAGUAUGAGGACUUAAGCCGAAGAAAAAAGGUGGGAAUGAGAAGAUAUGAUUUCAAUUGUGCUCUUCAUUUCCUUUUAUUAGUUGAUGACCUGGAGAGCAGAUUACUUGCCCAUGUGAGAUCCUGAGAAGAGGGCUUUGUUUCUGACUGCAAAGUUACUUGAAAUGCAUACAGUGAAGAUAUGUUAUUUGUUUGCUUCACUAGCAUUCAAAUGAUUGACUUUUCAGAAUUCUCAUGAGAAUUUCCCUUUCUUUUAUUUGGUGUGAUUUUCAUAAUGAUUCUCUUUUUCUUUUUUCAAUAUAAAAGAUUUUAGAAAUGUUUUGACAGUCCCUCUAGUUGUUAGUCAUGAACAUAAAAGUUUUAUUCAUGGUUUUGGGGGGUGGAAAGUGGAUGUUCAGAGAUUAAAUUGGCAAAGUAUUUCACUUUCAAAGUUCUGAUGGAGAAGUUAAUAGCUGGUUUUCUAAUUGGUUUCACCUGCUGAUCUUUGGUGAUACUAGGCUUUAGCUUGUAUAGGCAGAACUAGACCUGACAAAACGGGUCUAGACCCGCGGGUCGGCCCGUACCCAGGUAAAAAAUAUAGAGUACAGGUCUAAUAAAUUGAACCCCUUUUUUUGGACCUGACCCAACCCUUAUAACUGACGGGUUAAUGGGGGUGAACCUGCAGGUAUCCGUUUUUGCAAAAUGUAAAAACUAAAAAGUGACCUGCCCUAACUCAGCAACUCAACUCUAUCUUGCGUCGCGCCUCUCAUAUCUCUCGCGUCUCAAUCUUCAACAUAAGCCUCUCAAUCUCUGAUCAGUCAACUGAGUACCUCCCUCUUUGCCAUCUUCUUCGUACCUCAACUCCCUCUUCGAUUAGUCGUCACUCGUCAGUCAUCACUCAUCAGUACGGCAGUCACCUGAUUCAUUCAUCCAGUCUGUCAUUCUCAUUCCCAGUACCACAAUCGUCGGUCGCCCUCACUCAUCCUCGUCGGUUGGUCAUCUCCUCUCUCUCAACUCCCUCUUCGAUUAAUCGUCAGUCAUCAGUACGUUUCUACACAUUUGAAAUGUAUUUUGCCUUGGUUUUUCCGUUUUUUCUUUCAAAUUUUGUGUGUUCGUUUUUGUUUUUUUGACACAUUUUGUGUUUUCUUUUUUGUUUGAACGAUUAAUGUAAGUUACUGCAUAUUUUUGCUCUCGUUUGAUUGGGAUAUGAUAUGAGUCAUAUGACAAUAGAUUUACAGUAACUUAGCAACGAUUCUCAACUCUAUUGUAUUCAAAGAAAGUAGAAAUGGGUCCCUGGUCAAACGGUUGGUUUGGUUUUUCUUUGAGUGGCUUUGUGUUUGUGUUGCGUUAAUCAUAUUAUAAUGGUGAUUAGAAUAGAGUGAUGACAUUGCUAAUGAGGUUAAUUAAUUUAAGCACAUGAAAAAUAAUUGGUUAGAGCUCACUUAGAUCAUUGGAUUCUUUCGAUAUCGCUUUCAAUGUUGUUAUUUAAUCUUCUGGGUACGGCUAGUAGUAGCAAGUAAGACUGCAAGAGCACCAAUAUUUGUAGAAAUUUCUUGAGUCUGUUUUAGAGAAUUGAUUAGUGAAACAUUUAGUUGGAAAUCAAGAAGUUUUUGCAAUCAUUUGCCUUUUCAUGGCAUCCGAAACGGCAUGUAUGUUUAUAGUAUUUAUAGUUUUACACUAGUUGGUAUGUAGCUGAAGAUGACACGUUGAAGAAGAAUUGGGUUGUUUUGGUUAGCAUUGUCUCAUUUGUGAUAUUCAAUAUGAUGAUAAUUUUUAGUUUGCUGAAUUGGGUGCCAGUAGUUCUAACUUCUGAUGAGCUUAAUACUUGUCGUUGUUAAUUGAUGAUUUUCAUUAUGUUUAUAGUAUUUACAGUUUACACUAGUUGUUAUGUAGCUGAAGAUGACACGUUGAAGAAGAAUUGGGUUGUUUUGGUUAGCAUUGUCUCAUUUGUGAUAUUCAAUAUGAUGAUAAUUUUUAGUUUGCUGAAUUGGGUGCCAGUAGUUCUAACUUCUGAUGAGCUCAAUACUUGUAGUUGUUAAUUGAUGAUUUUCAUUAAUGGCUUAUACAAAGGUGCAUCGAUUCAUAUAACAGUGGAUCAACAAUGAUUACGGAAAUGACUGUUUGUUGGCUGUGCAAUCUUUUUUCCUCACAAGUGUUUGGUCACAUGAAACUGUACUAAUAUUAGCCAUUUUUCAUAAAUGUUUUCAUUGGGUUAAUAAAAAGAAAUUUUCUGGUAGUAUUCAGUCUCCACUCUCCAACCGCUUCUUCAUAACGUAUUUUUACCAACUUAAGUUCUUCCCACUAAGAUUUUAUUAGCUGGUUCUGUUGUGUGUUAUGCAGAUAUUGCACUUUCAGUUCUCAGUAGUGGUUAGUUGAGGGAAUUUAUUCGAAAUUACUAGAGACAUGAAAAGGGAAAAAAUCUCUAACCGCCCCUUGGUUCAUUUAUUUGGACCACCACAAUGAUCCUGAUAAUGAUAUAUCACUGAAUGAAUCUUGUAAAUUUUUUAGCAAUCUCACUGAAAUGAAAUGAGUAUCUGAAUUUAGCAAUCCAUUUAAGGGAAUGAAUGACUGAAAUUGGAAAGUGGAAAAGAUUAUGAUAAUUGGAGUCCUUAUGUUGGUUAAAAUAUAACAUAUCUUAGCUUUAAUGAGUAUGUUAAAUUUAAAAAAUUCAAUCAUAAACUCCAUUAAUUAAUGAAAAAAAAAAUUAAAUAAUGCAAUUGCCAAAUCUCGGCAGCAAUCCAGAAGCAUGUACAUCAAUUCCCCUUUGCUUUCUUCUUGAUAGGAUUAGAUUAUGGUCCACCUUUUGUUCAGCUCUUACCUCAGUUCGCUUUGUGAAAAAGAAAUCAUGCCUAAUGGAAAAGAAAUAAAACAAUUUUAU